CGCAAACAUGGCGGCGCCUGAAGACAAAAUUCCGGGCUGUUGGGUCGCUCCGGAGGUUUAUAAACACCACGAACAGCGAAGAGUUUGUAUAUCGAGACCAAAGUACAGGGAGGGAAGGAACGCGAAAGCGGUUAAGGUAUACACCAUCAAUUUAGAGUCCCGUUACCUGAUGGUCCAAGGGGUCCCGGCCAUUGGAGUGAUGACCGAACUGAUCCAGCUGUGUGCCCUGUAUGGAGCUGUGGAGGAGUACCGGCCCCUGGAUGAGUAUCCUGCAGAGGACUUCACCGAGGUCUACCUGGUCAAGUUCCAGAAACUCACAAGCGCCAGAGCAGCCAAACGGCGAAUGGAUGAAAAGAGUUUCUAUGGUGGUGUGCUGCAUGUGUGCUACGUCCCAGAGUAUGAGAGUGUGGAAGACACCAGGUCAAAACUGCUGGACCGAAGGAGAUAUAUAAUGAGGGCCGCUCAGAAUAAAGUUAGAGAAAGGGAACAGAAGGAGACGGGGAAUGAGGAGCCCACGACAUCAAAGACAGCCACCACAUCAGAAAAGAUCAUCUCCAGACGUGAUCGAAUGACAAAUAAUGACAAUAGAGGAGAGAAUUCAAACUUCAGCCAUUAUUCAGGCUUUCCUCUGCUGCCAUUACCACCCCAGGAACACCCUUAUUAUGGACAUAAGACUCAACAUGGGACCAUACCAACAGAAGAUAAAAUGGGGACAUUACAUAAUGCCAUAAUCAACACAAAACAGCAGCCAGCGCAGGGUUUAAGCUUCAGUCAAACCUCCUCAGACAGAGAAAGCGGCACAGAACAAAGACUUACUCCGAAUCCGGCCUCUGUCGUCAGAUUUGUCCCGAGGACGACAAACCUGGAGAACAGGAAACGCAAAAAGGAAGAUGUUCCAGAGGACACGCAUACUGAUGUUUCUGGUAAAAGUGAGCCUUUGAUUGGGCCAAAGCUACCUGAGCCACCUAAACUAGACAUGGAGGAUGAAUCACUGAACACAACCGUCAGCCUAAUCAGGAGCACAAUGAAACAGGUGGGAUCAGUUCCUGACAUCAAACCAGUGGAGAAAAAGAUUAAACCACGUCGUCGGAUUUGAUCACACCAGCUCAGUUUCUUGUGGAAACUUUUUUUAUUUCAACCUUUUUUCAUCACAAUUCAAACAUCUAUAAACUUUGUAUUAAAGAAGGUACAGCUGAAAAAAAUGCAAAUGGAUUC